AUGGUAUCCAGAACGACGUCAACUUUAGCAUCAACAACUGCGUCAGCCAAGAUAUCCGCAGCAGUGCCAACUUCAGCGUCGACAGCCGCAUCAGCCGUGGUAUCUACUGCACCACUGAAUUUAACAUCGACAACUGCAUCAGCCACAGUAUCCACGACGGUGCCAGCUUUAAAAUCGACGACUGAGCCAGUUCAGCCGCCGACAAAGGCACCAAUUGUUCUACCGGAUUCUUAUGGUACCGAGUUUUUGACAAUGUUUCCGUGGAAUAACGGCAAUGACACUGAGCCGCCAAUCACUUCCAUGGAUAUUAUCAAUAUGAAUGAGGAAGUAGCUACUGUCCUAAUACAAUACCCAGAAUUCGAGUACGAUAAUGAGACAAGGAGCGUGACCAGAUUGUGGUUGAAAACAACAGUUAACGUGUCAUCAAAGAGCAGCUACAGGAUGCUAUUCAACAACAGCAUACUUCCGGACAAUUCGCUGGAUAGCCGCAUAAGCAUUAGUUCAUCAGUACCAAUUUCAGUUGUACAACACGACUACAUGCCAAACGGUGUUGGCGAUAGCUUCACAGUGUUACCGGUAGCAGCAGCAGGUACUAGAUAUUCACUAGUGCUGCCGCAUGCUGGAGCGGGUGGCGUUGGCACUGUGUACGUCCUUGGUCUUAAAGAAUAUGCGUUCUUCGAGGUGUAUAUAUAUAAAGAUAAUGGUGAACUCGUAACUCAGUAUGACAGUGUCGUAAGUUUUUAUGCGUUUUUGCACGUUUUUGCAAAUGCAACCCAGGCUGCAACGCGCUGGGCUUGCCGAUUCGAUCAUGCAUUUUUGCACUGA